ACGGUCGAUUGUUUAAAGAAGGGGAAAGAGGAGCGAGAAAAGUGCAGGGGGUGCAGUUGCUAAAAACAGACAUCUGUUGUUUUUGUGCGCCUGUCCGCACAAAUCCGACCGACCGUGAUCCGUUUUCUAUAUAGCCGCCUCUCUUUAAGAAACGCUCUUUAAGAAUUCAAUUAACGACAUUAGUCCGACGAGUCUCGAUUUUGCGACUCGUUCUGAUCUUCCACUUGAAAAUCUUCCACGUUAGCGCGUCCUCUUCAACCGUUUGCGAGAACAACGAUCUUCCGAAAAGACGCGAGAUCGCGCAACUCACGGACGAUGGACGUGCCGACGCGAUAAAACUCUCCACUUCCACGAAGUUGUUCACAGCUCGCGCGGAUCCACGACGUCAUGACGCGUCUACGAGGUCGAGCGUCUCUGAUGGUGAUUUUGACGAUCAGCUCGAUUCUGCUGGUCGUCAUAUAUCAUGUAUUGAGCAACGAAGUUGACGAGAUUACGUCAAACAAGAACGGCGCCCAGGUGCGCGCGGAGAAUGGAUUCUCGUUGGGCGACGAUAUCGACAAUCCUCGUGGCGCUUUGCAGGCCGAGGAACAGAUAAUGAAGAACUGGAAAAACGGCAGGAAGAAGCUGACCAACGACAAGAUGUUUGGCGCUCCACUCUACAAAGGUCACAAGAUUGUCCAUCUGGAUCUGAAAGGUGCUCCGCCAAAGGUGAGCUACUACAGUAACCUAUUUCCUCUACUCAAGAAGCUAGGUGCCACUGGUGUGCUUGUUGAAUACGAGGACAUGUUUCCCUUUGCGGAUAGUAUCGAGGACAUCCGUGCCAAUAAUGCUUACUCUAGGAAAGAUAUUGCGCAAAUGCAAAAUCUAGCUAGGAAAAAUCAGUUGAUCGUCAUACCAUUGGUGCAAACUUUCGGUCACAUGGAGUUUGUUCUCAAACUAGACAGAUACAAAGAUCUGAGAGAGGUUCCGCAUUAUCCACAAGUAUUAUGUCCUACUCACAACAAAACGCUUCCACUGAUAUACGAAAUGAUAAAUCAAGUUGUAUCCACACACCCGGCUUCCAAAUAUCUGCAUAUUGGUGCUGAUGAGGUUUAUCAAAUAGGAGAAUGUUCCAGAUGCUUGGACGUUAUGGCUAAGAAACAAUGGAGCAAACGGCAAUUGUUUCUCGAUCACGUGUCUACUGUGGUCAAGUAUAUCAAAGAAAAAUAUCCGGAUCUGACUGUGCUCAUGUGGGAUGAUGAAUUUCGUGAAAUAUCGCCGCAGGAAAUUAUCGACAGAGGUUUGCACUCAAUGAUAGAGCCGGUUGUCUGGAAGUACACCGCCGAUCCUGGUAUGACGUUGACGGAUCAGCUUUGGGAAAGUUACGCCACAGUCUGGAAGCAAGUUUGGGUGGCGACGGCGUUCAAAGGCGCUACUUCACCGGACAGAUAUUACACGGAUAUUUCGUAUCACAUGGAAAAUCAUCUUCGCUGGUUAGAGAUAAUUCAGCGAUAUUCCAGUCAGAUCACAUUCAAAGGCGUGAUGUUGACCGGGUGGCAGAGAUACGAUCACUUCAGUGUUCUUUGCGAAUUGCUACCAGUCGGAAUACCUUCUCUCGCCGUUAAUUUAGCCGUGCUACAAACGUCGUAUCUGAACAGCUUUCUGGAAUUACCUAAUCACGUAGCCGAAAUUUUGCAAUGCGACGGCAUCAUUUCUUUAACCGUACCGGAACCUCAGUACGGUUGGACCAAGUGCGGUUUUCACGGAUCGUCGGUGUACGCCAGCGUUUUACGUCUCUACUCUUUGACGCAGGACGUGACGAAAAUGGAGCAGGACAACACUUAUAAAGGAUGGUUGAAACCGUACAAUAUAAAGUAUUCGUUUGCGAGUCCCAGUUACGUCGAACGAGCAGUUAUCGACUUGGAUAGAUACAGAAUGGAGAUAAUGUACAUCGAGAAGGAAAUGCGCACGGCUAUGGAGGACAUUUACGACAAUUAUACGAUACAAGAGUGGCUUGACACAUACAUCGCGCCUCUGAGUGAAAAGCUCAAUCAGUUGUGGGAAGUGAAAGAGAAACUCUUGGAGAAAAAUACGUGGCCGAGAAGACCGCUCGUGAAAUCUGAUUUAUAGUGGAGAAAUGGUACUUUUUUUUCAAAGCAGGCAAGAAUAUUCGAUUAUAUUCUCGACAAUGAUACAAAUAGACUGAGAAUGUUAAAAGAACAAAAAUGAGAACAAAAAAAAACCAACAUGAGAGAUUUUUUAGAAUAUUAUUCUAUAAAAAUGCGACGCGCGGAUAAUCAGUGAAACGUAAUAUAUGAUAACGCGAACUUGUAAUAUUCCAUCUUGAAUCGUUGUACAGAAUGUGAUAAUUUGUAAUUUGAUAAAAAAAAAAAAAAAAAACAAUCAAAUAA